AAGCCUCUUGGUGCUCAAGCCAAUCUUUGCUCCUCCGAUGUAUCCUCCCUGUGGGUGCCAACAAGCAACUUCGAGCGAUCUGUGUGACCGAUCUCGGACGAUUUUGCGCGCGACCUUGCGAGCUGGACUUCUGGAAGGUCCGCCCGCGUGGCGCACGGGACUUCUGUCUGCCUUCAGUUGCCUCCUUCACUGGUCGCCCAGCCGGCGGCGGUCACGGCGAUCACGGCGCCGCACGGUCACGGCGGUCACGGCGAGCGUCACGCGUGACGCGGAGUUGGUGGCAGAGCCUCGGUGGCUGGGUGGCGGACUGGAAGAGGUGAUCAAUGACUUCAAGGUGGUCAUCAUCCAAGGAGAAGGCACCAUCUAUGGGCAGAAGGCAGUGGCGAAGGUAUUUCCGUGGGCUGAAGAUUGCCUUCGCGAGUUGAGGAGCUCUCACUCUCAAAUCCGCCGCGUACUCUUGAGCUCCAUGCGAUGUGGUGAUUUGGAGAAGCUGGGGCUUCAUCAAGGUGAACACUACGACAUGCUUGUCACAUCGGAAGACUUGGAUCUGACAGUAUACACAAGAAACCACACCUUGCUGGUAGGAGACUCCAUUGGUUUCAUGGAGAGGGCAGAAAGGGAAGGCUUCCCUGCGGCUUUGGUCUGUUCUGGUCAGUUGAGCCAGUUCUUCGAUCUGUCACCAGCACCCAACAUCGACGUCCCAGCCAAUGGGGGCCAUUUCGUGGAGCCGGACCCAUGCACUUGGCAAGAGGCCUUUGGCACUCGUCCUAGGCCGCGCUAUGGCCUCGCCUGUUUCGCCUUCUCGGAGUUUUGGAAAAGAAAGAAGUGACGAGUGACAUCCUGAUGGUGGAUCAACACCUGGCCUUGUAACGAAUAGAGAGGUGUCAAGAGAGGUGUCAUGUAUUUAUGCUCACAUGUUGUACAAAUCAUUGUAAAUCCCAACUAGGUAGAAACACCUGCC